AUGUUUAGAGUAAGUAGACUGUAUAAAAUACACCAAGGUCACGUGGGUAAAGUGUUGAAUAAAUGGAGAAAUGCACAACCAUGGCUAGAUGAAAACAUUUAUGAUAUUGCCAGUGGUAUAGAUCCAUCAUUACGGAAGAUUCGUUUACAAAAGGACACUCUGACUAGGGAGAUAAUCAAUACAGAAAAUGAAAUUAAAAAUUUGUUCAGUGACGAACAAAUUCAGACUCUUUUAGGGCAUUCAGAAAGGGAGAGUGAGGAAAGCAAUGUGGAAAAGGAAAUGCAAGUUUCUAAAGAUGUAAUGAGAAUUUUACGAAUUCUGCGUCCUAAUGCACCACCUUCUUAUCGCGAAUCAAGCGCAUCAUUCCUAGACAUGACUUCAAAGCAGCUAAUACAAUCUCACACAAAUUAUGAUGAAUUCAAUGAUUAUUUUAGCACAAAGUCAUUCAUACUAUCCGUUAUAACGCUAUGCAAAUCACUUGAACAGGAUAUCCACCAGUUGUUUUGUGAUAUUACUGGAUUGGAAACUGAUAUUAAACAAAAUAACAACAUAUUUGGUUUGAGAGAUAUUAUUAAUAAACUUUAUGAAUUUGUUUUACUAAAGAAGGAUGUCAAUGAUGCUGAACGAUGGUCCAAUGAUGUAUGGCCUAAAAUAUCUAAAUAUUUCAACCUACCACAAUCAAAACAAGAAAUGUCUGAUUGGUUAAAAUCACAUAUUACUAGGAUUAAUCUUAAUACCACUGUUAGUGAUGAUUCGAGCUGUAAUUACUCUAUAGCAAAUGACUUCACCAGAGAUUCCUUAAUAUGUAGUGAGAUAUUAGAAGAAGAAAGAAUUAUGGGCAUACCUCGUAGCAAGUAUGGGUUGUAUUUUGAGUCAUUGAUUAACAUAUUAGAUCACAAUAUGACGCAAAACGAAGUUGAACAACUCUGUGAUUUGUUUACAAAAUUGUUAAUUACAUUGGAAGAUUUGGGUUUAUCUAAUUGGAUAAAUGGAAACUUAUCACUCGAUGUAUUGGAACCCUUACCUGAUUUAUCAGUGCUUGGGAAUUUUCACGAUGAUAUUAUUGCAGAGUCUCGGGAAUUGGUAAAAAGUUUGGCUAGGGGGGAUGAAUAUUUGCUUAAUCAUUUCCCUAAUCCUUCUGAAUUUAUCAAUUCACAAAGACAAUUGGAUCUGCCAGAAAAUCAAUUUUUUAAUGAUGCUCAAAUAGAUGAAAUGUUUGCCAACAAUAACACCGAUAAAAUUGCAACAGGUGAAGUGAAGGAAGCACCUUUUGAUUUAUUGUAUGAAAAUCACUUGAGAUUUCAUAGGAGCUUGGGACCUGCUGAAUAUUUUGUUAAUGAUAAAAAUAAAAUUGAUUGGAAGUGGAAAACGCCAAGUGGCGCCAUUUACGAUCAACACCGCGGAAUGUACCUAAGAAGCAAUCGCGGUAUCGAUCCAAUGCUAAGACUGGAAAAAAUGCGUUGUGCUAUUGUAGAUCGUAAACAAACUCUUUCUAUGUCAAAAGCUGGAAGGAUGUAUUUUACGCGUUGUGUCGUUGCUGUAGGGGAUGGUAAAGGAUAUUUUGGAAUGGGUGUUGGCCACGGCGCAAAUAUUGCAGAUGCCAGAAAUGACGGAAUAUUAAAUGCCCUUAAGGACAUGUUUUUCAUUGAUUUUGACAAAAAAAUGCCUUUACUUACCCCUGUACGCGGCCAAGAAUAUGGCACUACAAUAACGAUAACACCUAGACCAUUGGGUAAAGGCUUAAGGGUAUCGGGGAGAUAUCUGGCUUUGGCAUAUCUUACUGGCCUUGAUGAUUGCAAAAUAAGCUUUUCAGGUACUCGCAGUUGGAUAACCAGAAUGCGAGCUUUGAGGCGAGCCUUGGAACAAAUUUAUUCUAGAGCAACAAUGGCCAAUGCCACUGGUAUGAAGUAUACCAAUUUAUUUUGCCCCGGUGAGCAUACGAUUCAUUGGCCUGAUAGAUGGUUUAUACCUAUGCUAAAUGAAUAUAAGAAGAGGAUCAUAUGUAUCAAAAAGCGUAGGAUUAAAUUUGCGCGUAAAGCUGUGAGGAGGCAUAUACCUGAAAUUAUUCCCUCUGAUUUAAAAACUACGAUGCCUCAUUAUGCUUAUAAAUCUCCUCUGCAACGGUGGCAAAAUGAAUUGACCCAACUCAGAUAUACAAACAAAACGCAGCUACAGUCACAACCACAUAAUAUUCAUCAAAUCGAGGCAAACGCUACCACAUCGCAAAUUUUUGACAGUAUAGAGUCUGGAGAAGACGAACUAAACUUCCCAAUUGAGAGUAUUGUUAAGGAAUUGAGUAAUUAA